AUGAACCGGAGCAAUAUCACGGUUCCCGGUCCUCUGGUGGUUGCCUCAGCCCCGGCCAUCGGAAUGUGCCGAAUCGGGAUUUUAAUCAGCAGUUUUAUUCUCAAUUUUACCGUUCUCAGUGUGUAUAUUCUGCGACCUAAAAUGCGCACUCCCUUUGCGGUGUACAUAAUUUCCCUGUUAAUCAGCAACAUUCUGGAUCUUCUCCUUUACUUUCCCUUCAUGAUCGCCAACAACAUCGGAACGGACACGAAUCACUUCGUAUUUGGUGAAACCGGCUGCUCGGUGUUCGGUUACGGCGUGUCGAUAUCACGUGCCUUUUGCCUUUGUUCACACGCAUUGAUUACCCUCAACCGCAUCUGGGCCAUGACCUUUCCCAUAUCGUACAAAAACCUUCACGGAUACCGGUUUGCUGUGAUGUUGUGCAGUGGUGUUUUUAUCGCGAUUCACGCCCUGAUGAUCCAAGGACUUGUACUGAGCGAGCGAAGCCGACCGCGCCCAGUUGAAAAAUGGGGAUGCUGGUAUCAGGUUCGCACGGGCUCAGUUGCCAAUUCCAUUGGGUUCCAUUUGUUUUAUACGGCGCCGGUACUGAUUGUGGCCACCUAUCCGUAUCUGUUUUUCAAAUAUCUGCAGACCAAAAAACGCAUUAUGGCGCAAGAUGGCCACCAUGGACUGCACGAUAAGACGGUGAAUAAAACUUUCGGGAUUGUAUCGAUGCUGUCGCUGUGCACGAUUAUCUGCUGGGUGCCGGAAGACGUAGUGACGGUUUUGAUGAAUAACACUGGAAGCAGAGCCAUCAUCCGAUCGUAUCCGAUUGUCAGCUUGAUCAGCUCGUUCCAGGUGCUGCUGGAUCCGCUGUUUCUCCUGAUUAGUUCCAAAGAAUUGCGUUAUGGUUUAAUGAGUAUCGUGUGUAGAAGAAGGUUUAUGGCGGACCGAGCGGUGUCUGUGAAAAUGAUGACAUCCGCUCGCAGUAACACCAAGCCUGUACGUCCAACUUCCAGUACAAAGUUUUAG